UUUCCUGUCUCUGCAGGAAGCAUCAACCGAACAGGGGCUGUCCCUACAUUUCUGCGGACCCCCACAGUCAUCCAGCCUCAUCUGGAUAUGAAGCCCUUUCUACAGUUUCCAAUGGAGACUCCUCCUCCACACAGUGUUGGGCUCUUCCACAACUUCAAUGCGAUGGAUCCUGUCCAGAAGGCAGUGAUCAACCACACCUUUGGAGUCCCACUGGUGAAGACCAAACGGCCAAUCAUUUCCUGUAAUGUCUGUCAGAUCCGUUUCAACUCUGAGAGUCAGGCAGAAGCCCACUACAAGGGGAACCGUCAUGCUAGGAGAGUCAAAGGCAUUGAGACCUCCAAGAGCCGCCCACAAGACAGUGACAAACCUCCUCCCAGACCCGUCUCGUCACCCUCACCUACGGGACCCUUACCGGCCAUCUCUGAUACUGACUCCAGCAAAACAGAUGAGACACAGUCAGCUCCACAGGUAAAUGGAUCUGUGGUGGCCCCAGAGCCCAUGGCCAUUUCUGCUCCCCCUACCCCAGAAUCCCCUGGUCCUUCUGCCUGUCCUCUUCUGCCCACCCCCACUACCCCUCAACCACCUCCGGCCACCUCCUCAUCUCCUGGCUGUGGCUCUUCUGACCCAGAGCAGACUGGCACCGUGACCCCUGGGGCACCAUCAGUUACUCCCAGCAACCCUGAGACCGAAGAGGACAAAGCCAAGAAGCUGCUUUACUGCUCACUGUGCAAAGUGGCCGUCAAUUCACUCUCCCAGUUGGAGGCCCACAAUAAAGGCACUAAACACAAAACCAUUCUGGAAGCCCGCAGCGGAUUGGGCCCCAUUAAGGCGUACCCUCGUUUGGUUCCAAAGCCCAGUGGGGAGCAGGGAGGCGGGGACACAGACCCCAAUACUCAGGAACGCACCUUCCACUGUGAGAUCUGCAAUGUGCGAGUCAACUCCGAACUGCAGCUUAAACAGCACAUAUCAAGUCGAAGGCACCGGGACGGUGUGGCAGGAAAGCCAAACCCCCUUUUAAGCCGACACAAGAAGCACAGGGGAGCUGAAUUUGCGGAUCUCACCAAAGCGUUAGGCGCUGGCCUCUUGCCGAGUCCUCUGGCUAUUGCUGCAGCGAUGGCAGCAGCCGCCUCCUCCAAUCAGCUGGCUCUCCGCGCAGCAGCCCCCACCCACCAUCCACAUCAUCACCUCCUGCAGGGUCCGCCUCUCAGCCACACCAUCUUGAGACCAGCUCCAGGGCCCAUACGCACAUCGCAUGGUCCUAUUCUGUUCUCACCAUACUGACUCCCCCCUCACAUCCCCUCCUCCCCCCUUAGCCAAUCACAGCCAGUCUGGAGCCUCACCUCCAAAAGCACACUGUGAAGACCAAAAAAAAUAGUAAAACACCACAGCAAUGACAAAAAUCGUCCCAUCAACAAUAACGUCAAUCAUUAACUCAAGCAGAAGGGGCGCAUCCAUGAAGGUGGGUGCGAAUGGCGUUCCAACCCUCUUUCCACCUCCGUCUCUGUUUGUUCGGAUCGAGUGAUUUAUGAAUGGUCAAAUGUGGGGAUUGUUGGAAUAGAGCAAUAUUGUAUGCUAAGUGCAUCUGACGUCCUUGUACCUUCCUUCUAUUUCUACUCAUACUGUGAGGUAGCAGCAGUCACAUGGUAGCCAGACAUGCUGGAAUGAGUUCUUUCUAGACACCCAAAACACACAACCCAACACACAAAGACUAUAGAUAAAUGUUGUUCUGAAAAAAAAAAUGCACCCUUAACCCUAUGCACCUUGAGAAACCAUCAGUAUGCUUCUCAAAGUAUUCACUGUAUUCAACUAGUCUCGUCUGGCUUCGGCAUCUUUGCAAUAGCAAAUCGCCUCAAUCUCCAUUGCAGUUCCACCACGACAAGACAGGAGAUUGUGGAGAAGGUGUAAGGAUGCCCGACACUUUCUGAAUGCUGGCUCGAAGAUUAGAUGGUGGCGGCAAAAAGCCUGACUUCAUUCAGUAAAAUUUCUCUAGGAGUAAAGGAGGGAUUCAGAAGAGAUACUCAAGAUUCCUUUUGUGUAUCACUUUUUACAUCCGUUAGCGCUAGGAGCGGUUGACAGAAAAACCCCAAGACCCCUGUCUUAGAUUUUAGAAAAUCAGUAGACAUCUAUUUAUUCUAUUGUGUAGCAUAGUUUAGUUCAGAACAUCCAAGCUGGUUGACUUUAGAAAAUAUUCAGAAGUGUACGUAGAGGGUUAUGUAACUGCAGAUAGAUCCUGAAAUGACACGGUUGGUACUUCGAAUCUCAGAGAAAGGCGGGAAACCUAAGCACACUCUUGGACUUACAGUACAUACAGGCUACUCUGUUCAUUCUGUCACUGUUAUGUUCGGUGGACAUUAUGCAACCCCAAGCAAUACGGCCCCCUUCUGUCUGACUUCCGCAUCCAGUCUCACAAGACAGCCUGAGCCUGCAUCCCACAAGGACUGACAGCACAGGUCAGCCACUCCAGCGGAUGCCCAAGAGUCUACAAAAAUGAACAGAGAGAAGACGGAGAGGAGGUCACAGAGGUCUUGAAUCUAAAGCCAUGCGAUGCAUAUAUAUUUUUUGUUAUUUUAUUAUGAUCAAUUAAUUGUUUUGAUGUAGUUGGUUUUUAUUUUUUGGGGGGUUCGUUUUCAUAGCACACUGUUACGUUGAACAAAUAUUGUGGAAAUUCUGACAAACUGUUACGUUGAACAAAUAUUUUGGAAAUUCAGAAAGAAAAAAAAAAUUGAACAAAGGAAAAAAAAAAGGGGAUAUUUUUCUAUGGAAAUUAAAAAACCUGCACUCGGGUGGGAACUAAGCGUUGUAGAAAUCAUAUCUGGAGGAUGUAAAAUACACAUAAUCAUAAACAUCAAACUAGGGCCUGUCGUGUUGAUGGAGAUACGUGACGGCCCACUAAUAAGCAAAGUGCGACAAUGUCUUAACAUUGUUUGGAUAUUGCAAUGCAAUAAGCAAUUGUCAUUUGUUGUAGAAGAGAAUUUAUAAAUGGAUCUGUACGGCUGCUAAUAGGCCUCCAUGUUCUUCCACAGAGAUUAAUUAGCCUUUUCAAUACAAAAGCUGGGCGUUUUAAACAUGAAAGGGGCACCCACGGGGACGGGCCCUUCAUAUUAAAGGGUCUUUUCUCAUCUCUGAGUGGGGGACAGGGUAUAUCUGAACACAAACAACGUGUAGUCAGCCAUAACGUAUGUAGCUUAGUUCAAUUUUUUUGUUUGUUCGUGGCAUUGUUUGCAUUGUGUGAGAAAUGUCAUGAUAAUGCCAUCAUUUCAAGCUAACUGUGGUUAGCACCCACCAUUGUGCUUUGAUGGAACUUUACCUCUAUUUCUCAUUAGUUUUCCGAGGCACUAGUAUGGGUGCUGUAGUUUCAUGUUGGUGUGUAUCGUGCAGUGUCGUGUGCGUGCGCAUAGAUUACGGUUCUGGGAAACUUGCGAAUUAAUGAUACUUCACCAAAAAAAAAAAUGUAACUUCUGUUGUCAUUUACUCACCCUUGUGUCAUUUCAAACCUUUUUCAACAGGACAAAGAAAGUCAGAUUUAAAAAAAAAAAAAAAAGUUUCUAUUGACUAGGGAGCAAAAAAUGUAUGUGUGUGUGUGUGUGGGGGGGGGGGUAAUAAAUAAAUAAAUAAGAUAAUAAUAAAUGGGUUUGGAACUACACAAGGGUGAGUAUAAAAUGAUUUUUUUUUUUUUUUAGAUGACCCAUUUCUUUAAACUGCACAUUUGCAAUCAGCUGUUUCUAUCCCAAACUUAAUUAUUAAAACAAUCAGUGGACAGUGUUCUCAGCUGAUUUCAGAUGAGCAUUUUGGGGUAACACUAUGCGCACUGACACAUGCUUUAGUUUGAAACUAGGUGUCCAGUGCCCUAUUGAAACCUUGUGAGGUGAUAAAGCCAUCACAGCUAAUACACUCUUGAUGCUUGAGGCAGGAUCGCUAAUCCCAUCUGUCAACACUGUAAAGACCACAUUCAUCCUGUAGUCAGAACAAUGUCGUCACUGUACAGAUUUGUCUUUGGUAGUUUUAUUCAACCUUUCAGGGCAGGUGUAAUGUUAGUUGGUGAAGUCUAUUUUUAGCCUUAGCCUUACUCCACCCCAGGCCUCUCCAGGAACGGAUGUGGACAGAGAAGCUUCGGUCAAACCUCGUCUUGUCAAUAAAUUUAUUUUUGAAUUAACUGUCAGAUGGGAAAACAGUAUGUGUGAUGGAACGUAGCAAUAUUCAACUCAUACUGGCUACUCUUGUUUAUUGCAAUAAGGAAAUCAACCAAUAGAUGCAUAUGUAAAAUAUUAUAGAUGUAAUUGAAAUCAAACACAGAAAAUUAUGGAAAAAUUUGGUACCAGAGAAACUUGGAGUUACCACAGGGGCGGGGAGAAAAAAAAUCAAUGUCUAUAAAUCAAUAAAGAAUAUUAAAACUGA